AUGACCGACAAGCUCCCCCCUAACCUGUUGGCGCUCUUUGCCGCGCGACCGCCGCUGCGAUGGGUAGAACCGUCUGACCAUGCGCCAGAGAAGCGCAGGACAGCUCCCAUUGGUGGCCUCGCCGCUUUUCUGCCCGAGCUGCAGAAGUACAAGGAGACGGAUGUCUACCAGCCCACCGAGAGCUGGCUGGAGAUGCGCGAUCGGAAAAAGCGAGAGCAGAAGGAGGCUGCUGCAGCUUUGGUGACCGAGGGACCAAAACAAUUCAAACCCAACGAGGAUCCCAAUAUCCGUGGUGAUGCCUUCAAGACUCUCAUUGUUGCCCGUCUCAGCUACGACGCUGACGAGCGUGAUUUGGAAAGGGAGUUUGGACGGUUUGGUCCCAUUGAACGUAUUCGCAUUAUUGUUGAUACCCAUGCCCACGAGAAACCUAAUAAGAAGAAGAAGCCACACAGGGGUUACGCAUUUGUCGUUUUUGAGCGCGAGAAAGAUAUGAGAGAGCAAUGCCCUCUCGUCCUGGUGGCCCUGGAGGCCCUGGAGGCUUUGGAGGAGGAGGCGGCGGCGGCGGCGGCGGCUUCCGUGGAGGCUUCAAGGGAGGAUUCGAGGGUGGCCGAGGUGGCCGAGGCGGUUUCCGUGGAGGCUUUGGCGGUGGCCGUGGAGGUUUCCGAGGAGGAGGUGACUUUGGCCCCCGAGGAGGUGACCGAAACGGCGGCUUUGGAGCCCCCAACGGAGCCCCAUCCGGACCUGGAGGAUUCGACCGACGAAAUGGAGGUGACAGGGGCUUCCCCGGUGGUGGGUUUGAGUCUCGUGGCGGACGCUCAUACGAUGAUAGAUCUGGCGGUCACCGAGAUGGCGGCGGUCGAUAUGGUGAUCGUGAUCGUGGCGACCGCGGUGACCGUGAUCGAGAACGUGGUGACCGAGGAGGAGACCGAGGAGGAGACCGAGACCGCGAAGGACGUCGCACUGGCAGCAACAUGGAACCCAUUGGCCGCAGAGAAGGUGGGUAUCGUGACAGGGACAGGGACUACGACCGCCCUCGCGAUGAUGACAGCCGGAAACGAGGAUACGAAGGCGGUGGCUACGAAGAUCCUCGGAAACUGCGUCGCUACUAGCGUCGCUACUAAGGCUGGAGCCCGUGCAAGUCGACUCAACUUUCGGCAUUUGGUGGGUAAACUAAUUGUUUUGACGAGUUUCCUUCGCAUCCUUUCUUUCACCUCACAAGGGUAA